AUGGCAUCACCAUCACGAUGGACGUCUAUCCCUAGACGCGACUCGACCUCGAGUUCAUCCUCACACUCCCUAGACUCCCUGACCCAGCAACAACCCGAGCAAGCGAAACCAGAACCUACAGCGAAAGUCCGGAGUCUCAAGGAGAAAAAAUCAGUUCCAUCAUUCUUCAUGUCCCCCACGGCGACCUGGAAUCUUUACCGCCAUAAUCCUUGGUACCUGUCCUGGCAACAAGAAACCUGGGCCAUGAUUUUCUCUCUCGCUUGUCUUAUCGCUGUUGCUGUCAUCAUGGCUUGGAUUGAUGGUAAAAGGCUGUCUAUCUGGCAUUGGGCUAUCCAGCCUAACGCGGUCAUCUCCGUGUUGAUUGUUUCGUCAAAAGCGGCUUUGAUGAUUAGUACAGCGAGUUGUGUUUCGCAGUUGAAAUGGACACACUUCCAAUCGAAACCUCGAAGAAUCAAAGACCUGGAGGGUUUUGAUGAUGCGAGCAGAGGGGCUUAUGGUAGUCUGUGUUUGCUGAUGAGUAGAAGUGGAUACCUGAAUAUUGCCGUCACGUUGGGUUGCGCAGUGACAGUCAUGGUGCUGGCCAUGGAAACUUUCGGCCAACAGUUGCUGAGUUUCCCCGAGAGAAGAGUUGCAGUUGCUAACGAGACUGCGUCAUUUCCGGUGAUCCAGAACAUGCUGCAGAUGCCGUAUUGGGGCGGAAAUGCGAGAUUGUCUGACCGUCUGCUGAAGUCAAGACUCGGCUUGAUGGAAAGCAUCUACGGCAAAACCACAGAAUCACCAUUCGAUUGUACUGCAUCUUCAUGCUCCUGGGACAGUCAUGUCACUCUUGGACUGUGUUCGAGUUGUCGUGACAUCAGCGAUACACCGAGGGAAUGCGAGAUCAAGAUUACCGAACACCCUAGCAGAUAUCUCAUGAAUGGCGAAUACCACUAUAGGACAUACAACGAAACAACACUGGUGUGCAAUUACGUUGGAGAUGGUGGCAGCCUCCACUGGGGUAGUCGAAACCUCACCACGAUCAGACAAAGGAAUUCAACCGGCCAUGUUCCAGAAAUUCCCGAUGCGAACAAUGCCUCUGCUUGGGAAUACGACACUGCGAUUGACAUUAUGACCUGGAGCGAUGAAGGAUUCUACUACAAAGGCCAACCUGCAGUUGCUUUGAACUUCAGUGUCAUUGUGACAAACGAUACCUGGGAUCGUCCACAACUCACCACUUGUACACUGAACUAUUGCGCGUGGGUGUAUGAGAACUCAACUGCGCAAGGUCAAAACUUCAGCGAUGGCCAGCUACACAAGUAUGUUCUGGGUUAUGACUCGAUAGAGCUGCAUCAGACUGGCCACGGAGCACCUGCGAGUAUGUCGUAUAGCAACUACACCUUCCGAGCCAAUGGUACUGGCUUUCCAAGUGACAAGCACAACGACACAUUCAUUGUGUAUGGAGAUGCGAACGCUGAGAUGAACACUCAUCUAGGAACUAUCCUCAAGUCCUCCACUUACAGUUAUCUUUCCGGUUCCAAUGAGUCCUCAGCGGGUUUGGGUGAUGCUUUGAUCAUCAAUUCGAACAUUACAGAGCUCGCUGAUCGAAUGGCUAUCAGCUUGACGAAUGUAUGGAGGCAAUAUCAGAACUCACCAGCGAUGGGUACGGCAUGGGAGUCUGUCGCCUUCAUCCAUGUCGAAUGGGCGUGGCUUGCGCUACCAGCUGUAGCAGUCAUAAGCGCCGGUGUCGUAUUGCUCAUGACUUUGUUACAAAACCGAAGAACUGUUUUGUGGAAGUCGUCCGUCCUCCCAUAUUCUUUCCAGGUGUUGCAAGGGUGGGAAGAUACUGAGUUCGAUAUGGAGACAUUGGAAGAGAUCAGAGAGAAAUCGAAGGAGAUGACAGGUCAGCUCGUAGGAGCCGAGAAUGAACGUGUCAGAUUGGUCAAAGCGUGUAAUUAG